AUAAAAGAGAUUGAAAUUAGAAUCUUUGAUAUUAUAAAUGUUUCAGUAAUAUUUUUAUUACACAAGAUAUUUUAAAAGAAAUAAAUAAAUGAAAUAUGUAAUAUUACUAAAUUGAUUGAUUCAUUACUAAACAGCGAAGCUAUUUAUUACUUCUGUUUUGUAAUGACAUUCCAAUCCAGAAAAUUAUUUAUGUAAUACUACAUGCAUCAUAUAAUAUUUGCAAUCUAAAACCAUUGUUUAAAAUUUAAACCUAAUUAUCUGACAAUAAAUAGUGAUUGUUACAAAUUGUAGUUAUAUUUGUUUCAUUUUUUAGUGCAAACUCGACCUAAGCUUAUACUUCAUGUUCUAGUAACUUUACUCAUACUUAGUUAUGCAUAUAUGUAUAUCUCACAUACAUAUGUGUGUAAACACCGCUUACCGCCAAAACUCAGUAUGAUCGUACCAAUAAAGAAAGAUGGUGAAUGUGAGGAAUGGGCAAUUGUUGAGUUACAAGGUGAUUUAAAAUUUAGUUCCAUGAAUAUUACGAAUGUAUAUAUCGGAGAUUUGCACUUUACAAAAUCUGGUACACCUAUACUUAUAAUCGGCAUUCAUGUAUUACAAGGAAAAGAAAUGGCACUUCAAAAACCAUUUGCAGUUUUAGUUAAAAAAAAGAAUGAAGAAACUAAUACAGCUAAUACUUCCGAAGUAAAAACGGCAUACAUUAUUAAAGCAAUUGUAAAGAAGAAAUUAAUUUUUAAGUCUAGGCCAAAACCUAUUGUAACAAAUGUCCCAAAAUGUCAUUAAACACAUGUAUAAAUAUUGUACCUUAUUGAUGUAAUUUUAUGGUAUACUGUGCUAUUGAAAUAAACUAUUGUGAUAUAAAUA